UGUGAGUUCACAAUAGCAAAGUUCUAGGGAAAUUUCGCUGGCAAAUAUUAAACGGAGGAUAGGGAAUGCUCGUCUAAGUUUAUUUUGAUUUCGAUAUAAAUAUUUUUGUGGGGUCAGAUGUUAUGAGUUUAUCGCUUUGGGAUUCUGCGCCGUUGAGUUUGAAGCUGUGUUGCAAGUGCGAUACGCAAUUAGAAUUGUAUGAGUGCACUUCCCAGAUGGAAGAUUGUCAGAGCAGCAUUCGUACAGUGGGUUGCUAAUCGAGUGACGUUUGGGUGCAAUGGUGUUAGUGUUCUGUUGUGUUUCUCUGCGCUGUCGUUAAUCAUCUUCGAAUCAAGGAAAUUUUGCCUUCAUAUGUUCAAAACUUUUGAACUUUUUUCCGCUGCAAUCUGAGUUUUCGAGUUGGUGACAAGCGCUGUAAAAAUUUAAUUGGUGAAUAUCGCAAACCAACAGGACGCAUCGCGUGAUAAGACCCCGCUGCUUGCAGGAGUAAUCUACGACUAAAGGGCGAACGAAAAUACGAUUUCAGGUUGCGUUGAUAUAGGACUACUUUUGGUUUACUGAUUCUGCAGCAGGAAAACAUUGACAUUUGUCCAAGUCGUCCAGGAGUAAUAGGAAAAUGGAUUCGGAUGAGGAUACUUUUGACAAUGACAAUGUAGACUCGGGAAACGUUUCGAGUGGCGAUGAUGACUUCGCAAUGGAGGUCGACAUUAGCAGUUCACGCGAACGUCAAACUGAACCCGAGGAAUAUCACUAUGAGGUAUUGACAACAGAUCAAAUUGUGCAGGAUAUGGUCGAUAGUAUUAGCGACGUCAACGGCGUGGUUAAUCUGCCUCGGACAAUAACAAGGAUAUUGUUGAAUCAUUUCAAAUGGGACAAAGAAAAGCUGAUGGAAAAAUAUUUUGACGGAAAUGAGGACAAGUUUUUUCAAGAUGCACACGUCGUUAAUCCCUUCAAUAAGCCCAAUACAAUUAGUGUACCAAAGGUAACAAAAUCGACAACAGACGAAAUAUGUGAAAUAUGCUUUUCACGAAAUCCAUCUGGUAUGAUGACCGGUUUAGAAUGUGGCCACAGAUUUUGUAAACAGUGUUGGGGUGAAUAUUUGACGACAAAAAUAAUGGAAGAAGGGGUUGGCCAGUCGAUUUCUUGUGCUGCACACGGAUGUGAUAUUCUAGUUGAUGACGUAACUGUCACAAAACUUGUGCCGGAUGCCAAAGUUAGAGUGAAAUAUCAACACCUAAUAACAAAUAGUUUUGUCGAGUGCAAUAGAUUACUCCGCUGGUGUCCUUCGGCGGAUUGUACGUAUGCAAUUAAAGUAUCAUAUGUAGAUGCCCGGCCCGUGGUGUGUAAAUGUGGGCAUACGUUCUGUUUCGACUGCGGAGAAAAUUGGCAUGACCCGGUGCAAUGCCGAUUACUUAAAAAGUGGCUUAAGAAAUGUGACGAUGAUUCGGAAACAUCAAACUGGAUUGCAGCGAAUACGAAGGAAUGCCCGAAGUGUAAUGUGACAAUAGAAAAGGAUGGUGGUUGUAAUCAUAUGGUGUGUAAAAAUCAAAAUUGCAAGCACGAUUUUUGUUGGGUAUGCCUUGGUUCAUGGGAACCUCACGGAUCGUCUUGGUACAACUGCAACAGAUAUGAUGAAGAUGAGGCCCGAGCAGCACGCGAUGCACAGGAAAAACUACGGUCAUCACUCUCAAGAUAUUUGCACUAUUACAAUCGUUAUAUGAACCAUAUGCAAUCCUUAAAAUUUGAGAACAAAUUAUAUGCUUCCGUUAAGCAUAAAAUGGAAGAGAUGCAGCAACAUAAUAUGUCUUGGAUAGAAGUUCAGUUUCUGAAAAAGGCUGUGGAUAUUCUUUGCCAAUGUCGCCAAACAUUAAUGUGCACAUACGUAUUUGCGUACUACCUCAAAAAAAAUAAUCAAUCGAUGAUCUUUGAGGAUAACCAAAAAGAUUUGGAGACAGCUACCGAAAAGCUGUCCGAAUAUCUCGAACGUGAUAUAACAUCAGAAAAUCUAGCCGAUAUUAAACAAAAAGUGCAAGAUAAAUAUAGAUACUGCGAAAAGCGUCGCAAGGUGUUACUUGACCAUGUCCACGAAGGAUACGAGAAAGAUUGGUGGGACUAUACAGAAUGAUAAUUAAGAGCAUCAGAACGAUUUCGAUCAAACUCGAAAAAAAUGUUUAUUAUAAUUAAAAUUAUAUGAAAGCAAAAUAUUUAAAAAAUCUUCUUUGUUAUAAUAAAAAUUGAAAAAGAAAAAUAUUUAAAAUCUGAGAGAUAUAUUAAUAAUUAAGGAUAAUUAGCAGUAGUAAGGAAAAUUGAAUAAAAUUUGACAAAGCCGAUAAAUAUGGAUAACGUUAAA